UUCGCUUCAACUUCUAGGUGUCACAUGUUAAACAUUCCGGCCGCAAUUGACAGCAAUGGACGCUAGACCUAACGCUAGCGGAGGCAGAGGAGGCAGUUGGAGAAGAGGCGGCCGAGGUGGAAACAACAGCGACAGUGUCAGUGGUGAACACCGGGGCAGAGGCAGAGGAGGCCAAUACCGCGGCCGGGGGAAAAGAGACCACUACCGCGGGCGUGGACGCGGGGGAAGCGCCCACUCAGCGGAGUUCAGACACCGGGAUCAAGAUGAGGGGGACAACUUUCAGGAGGAAGGCGACAGAGUGGAGGUUUUCUCCAGGAGGAAACUGGAGUCAAACUGGGACCGUUAUGAGGCCUCAGAGACGCCGAAGCCUGAUGAUGACUCGCCCACUCAGAGAGGAACAGACUACCACGUCCUGCUGGAGUCUGCAGGCGAUUCCUUCACUCAAUUCCGGUUUUCAGAAGAAAAGGACUGGGAGAUGGACUCAUCUGCAGCCAGUCAGUUGUCUGCAGUGUUUGUGGACCUCCCAGCGCUCGCCCAGAUCCUUCAACAAGUGCCUCUCCAUCAGAGGCUCAACCUGGAGGCUGAGCUGCUUCAGGUCUCUACACCAUUAGAACUGCCCUCCCUGAUCCUCACUACUAAGCAGGAGAUGCCCAAAGCAGCCACAUUUACUCCUACGUCUGCAACUUUAGAAAUCGCCAGCACUGACCAGAAAGUCCCCGUGGCUACAAACCCAGCGUCAAACUCGGACUCACCGUUUCCCUCGAGUGCUGCAGAGCCUCCGGUGGAUGAUGGUGGUGAUGAGGAGCUGGACCAGCUGCUCAGUUUACAGAAACCAGUCUGGGAUGUUUCAGGAAGUCAAUCCGUCAGUGUCGCAGAUGAGGAGAGUGCGGUUCCAAAGAAAGCGCUCGAGCAAGUGAAGGAGAUGGAGCCUGUGUUGACAGAGGAGAAAAUGGAUGAGGCAAAAGACAAAGAUGUUACACCUCCCAAAUCUGCUUCCGUCAAGCAGGAAAUGACAGAGGAAGACCUGGAGGACUGGCUCGACAGCAUGAUCUCCUGACCAUCAACAACCAAGGAAAGGACUUGAUUAAAGACAGGAGAUGUAUAAGGAAACUGGACUUAACCCUUCUCGUAUUUUAAUUUAGCCUUCAGAUGACCACCAUAUUUUUCCUGGGCUGAAUGAGAAAGAAAAGUGAUAAUGUGUGCAAAUGUUCCUGCUGCACUUCAUGUUUCAGAGACAGAAUUCUUUGUUCCUUGUGUAAGUUGCACAUCGCAAGAUUGUCGCAGUCAGAGGAAUCUCAGCUGCAUAAAAGGACAGACAGAUAGUGAAAUGUUGCUUUAUUGCGUCAAUUGCUUUAUUCAUUUCCUCCCCCUCAUCAAAAUAAAUGCAGUUUACCAAAGCUACUACAUACAUACAAAUAGCCAUACAAUAGCAGUGAACUAUUUUGUCGCGAAUAAAUCCUUGAACUAGGUGGGUUUUUUUUUUCAUUUCCCUCUGUUUAGGGGUUCUUUCACUCUGACAGAGGUGCAGGUUGGCAUGACAAAGCUUAAAAACAACCAAACUAAACUACAUUUACAUAACUAUAAUCUAGAUUUUAUAUGACAAAUAAUUUCUCUUUUUAUAAUUUAAAAGCCGCAAAACUAUGUUGAGCUAAAUCUGCUUGUAACUAAUCCAGGCAAGAGCACUGCUUGUGUCAGGAGGGACAGAAUGAUUCAUUUUUUGCAUAGUUUCUCAUAAGGCACGCUGGCACUUGAUAACACCUAAAGUCAGUCGUCUCUGGUCCUGGAAGAACCAUUUUCUGUAACUCCUCAUUUCAUCUGACAAAUUUUUAAAAGGCAGAUCAGGUUUUACUCAUGUCGGAUAAUGUUUACUGGAUCAAUACAGAUCAUACUAGAAGCACACAUCCAUUCAGUUUGUUUGAUAAAACAUGACACAAACGUAACAUCCUGGUGUUAACCUAGAAAUUGUGCAUAUUCAGACAUUCAGUUGUCAUGCUGUAACCCUUCUCGUGUAUCAAAUGUCUACACACACAACAAAUUGUGCAACAGGUUGGGGUUAAGCAAGUGAAAAGGCAA